GUGAGCGAGUGAGCCUAAGUUGUGUACUCGUUGAGUUGACCAAUCAGAAAUUCAAUUUUCAUCGAACAAUUAAAAUUUAAAAAUCUCCCAAAAUUCCAAUAUUAUUAUUCCUCAUCAUCUUCGGCGUCUCCCUUCUUUUUUUUUUUAGGCGAAUUGCGUGAAACAUAAGCCUCAGCUGAAUUUUGUAGAAUUUCUUCCGUUUUGAUUUCCGAGUUAUUUCUUAGUUAGUUACUUUAGUCGGUUUCUGAUUUUGCUUGGAAAUUUUUUUAUUCAACGGAGCUGCUCAAAGACAAUUUUCAAUUUCCAGAUCUUAAUCUUCGAAAGAAACAAAAAAACAAUAAUAAUAAUUUUUUUAGACGGCGAUGGAUAGAAAUGCAAUUACGACGGCGAUUUUACUGUUUCUAAUCGUCGCCGAUGUUUCCAAUGCUUUGUCGUCGUUUUGGAAGCUUCGAUACUUGGCCGAUGAAUCUCCUACAAAGAACAACACCGCCGCCGCAACGCCGCCCAGUUCUCCGUCACCAAUUCCUUUAUCGGUUUCGGACGUCAACAAAUCGGAUCCUAAACCGGAUGGCUCAUCGAAAUUGGAUCCGAAUUCGUCAAAUAAAACUGAUUCUGUGAUUCCACCUCCAGAUGACAAGAAGGAUCCAAAACCAUCGGAUAAACCGGAGAAGGUGAAUCCGUCUCCUGAAAAGGAAAUAGGUAAUGGAAAUAAUUCAAGUUCAACUUCAAAUUCGACAAAUGAUAAACCAAUGGAGGAUAAUAAGGAGAAGAAAAAGAAAAUAGAUAGUGGAAAGGAUCCCAAUAGUACUGAGAAGGGAGCUGAUGCAAAGGAGGAUCAGAAUAAGAAGAAGAAGAAGACAAAUGGGGAUGAAAGUGACUCCAAUUUAGGGACCGAAACGUGUGAUGGUGUAGCUAACAAAUGCACAGACGGGAACUCCUUGAUUGCCUGCAUUAAGGGUUUUGGAACUGGGUCCAAAGAACUGGUUGUUCUGGUCCACAAUGGUGGAGAAAAAACUUUGAAAGUCAAUCUUGCUAGCCCUUCUGUGGAAUCAUUUCGCAAGGGACUUAAAGUACCAAAACAUGGUACUGAAAGGAUUAAUAUCUCUUCGACUGAUGUCAAAAGCAGUGAGCUAGUGUUAAGUGCUGGAAAUGGAAAUUGUGUGCUUCAUCUGAACCCUCUUGUUUCUGAAGGAAACUUUUUCUUAAACCUUCCUUCUUAUGACAAGUUGGUGACUCCAGUAAAUGGUGCAUACUUCUUGAUUGUAACCGUUGUAAUUUUUGGAGGAUCAUGGGCUUGUUGCAUGUUUCGGAAGAGGAGACGGCAUGAUGGUAUACCUUACCAAGAGCUAGAAAUGGGAUUACCAGAAUCCAUGGCAGCUGCUGAAGUAGAAACAGCUGAAGGUUGGGACCAGGGUUGGGAUGAUGAUUGGGAUGAGGACAAGGCAGUGAAAUCACCAGUGGGACGCCAUGCAGCGAAUAUCUCAGCAAAUGGUCUUACUGCUAGGUCUUCAAACAGAGAUGGCUGGGAGAAUGACUGGGAUGAUUAGGUUUUUCACCGGAAAAGAUGAAGGUAAGAAAGUGAAUCACUCGAAGUCGAACGACGAGCAGGCAACUUGAUAUAGAAACUGUAAAUUCGUCCAUCAACACAGUUGCUAACAUUAGUGGUCAUCAUGGUGAUAGGAAGUCCUCAAAAGGGGCCUCUAGGUAUUGUCUAGGGAGCUACAUAUGUUUUUCUGCAUUUUAUCAUGGGUGAUGGCGCUGUUUGUUCCAACCACUCUCUGUUGAGUUAAUGUUCUCUUGUCGCUCUGCUCUUUUUUUUUUUUUCCUGCAUGUAGAGGAGUUUGUGAUAAAUUCUUUUAAUCCAGGGCAUGAAAUGGGUUACAAAA